ACAAAGCAGUGGAAUAAAUGGAAAUGUUCUGGGAAGCCUGAACACCUUGAUGCAUUUAAAAUGCAAAGGAAAGAAACAACAAGAAUAAUAAAGAGUUCUAAAAGAUAUUUUGAGAAAUCGCAGCUUCUUGACAUACAAAACAACUUUGUAAAAAAUAACACCCGGAAUUUCUAUCUGAUGUUUAAAAGUCAUCUAAAGGACUACCAAGCUCCAAGUAUUUGCUUCACAGAUGAAAAUGGUAAAGUAGGACUAAGCAACAGCCAGAAUUGUGAAAAACUAAGAAAGUACUUUGAAAAAUUAUUGAACUGUGAAGCACCAAACUGUAAGCUAGAAUUCCCAGAUCUCCAUGAAAAUACAGAAGCAGAUCCACCACCUACUGCUGAGGAAAUUAAAAAAAGCAAUAAGUACCCUGAAAAACAACAAAGCCAGUGGAGAAGACUCAAUUACAGAUGAACUUAUUAAAUGGUCUCAACCAAAAAUUAUAACUAACCUUCAGCUCAUGUUUGAAGAAAUAUGGGAAACUGAAAAGAUACCAAAAGACUGGAAAGUGGCUCUCAUCCAUCCGCACAAGAAAGGUAAAUCUGAAGUAACAUCUGUGUUUCACCCAUAUAAUGCAAUGGGUGUAACAACAGCAAAUUAUUUGCUUGGAACUGAUGAUUCAAUUAAUACGUAUCAAACCACUGAAAUAUAUAAAUGUUUAUGUGGCAAAGAGUAUCAACGCAAGGCAUCACUCAAAAGACAUGUUACCUUUGAAUGCGGAAAGGAAAGAAGAUUUCAGUGUCCAUUUUGUCCUAAUCGCUCUAUUCAUAAAUGUCAUUUAUUGAAACACAUUCAGUGUAAGCAUAAAGAUAAACUAUUGUACUCAUCUCCUUACAUCGGAAAUUUGUAGUAAUCUCUCUGUACCACAGUGCAAGGAGACAAAAACUCUUUAUUGUUACACUUAUAGAUGUUCU